AUGUCCAACAGGAGUGCUGGCCGUCACACUCAGAGAACGUCCUCAGCAUCGUCCAGCAGGAAGGACCUCGGCCUCCUCAGACAGCAGAUCUGGCUGUGGUCCGUCUCACGGAGGGCUUCAGUUCUGAGCCCAGUCCAGAUCGUUGUCCCAGUCCAGAUCGUUACCCAGGUCCAGUUUGUCGUCCCGGUCCACUUGAUGGAGCCAGUUUUCUGCUUGGAGUCCAGGAACACUUCCUGUCUGAAGACCGUCUACCCGCUGCCCGUCCGCGUCUGUCUGUACGCUGUCCUCGGCGCCGCCGUGCUCGUGACGGUGUGCGGAAACAUCCUGGUCAUUGUCUCCAUCGCUUACUUCAAGCAGCUCCACACUCCGACCAACUUCCUGCUGCUGUCUCUCGCCGCGUCCGACUUCCUGCUGGGGCUGCUGGUCAUGCUGCCCAGCGUGAUUCGCAGUGUGGAGACGUGCUGGUACUUUGGAGAACUGUUCUACAGAUAUUACGCCAUCUGCCAGCCUCUGAUGUACGGCAGGAAAAUAACAGCAACCUCUGUUCUGAUCAUGAUUCUGGUCAGCUGGAGCGUUUCGGCUGCAGUCGGCUUCGGUAUGAUAUUCCUCCAGCUCAACAUUUUGGGAAUCGAGGACUUCUACUACAACGCUGUUGCAUGUGAAGGAGGGUGUGUUCUGUUUCAGAGCCAAGCAGCCAGCACUGUCUCAUCGGUUCUCUCUUUUUAUAUCCCGGGAGUUGUGAUGCUCGGCGUUUACCUGAAGAUCUUCCUGGUGGCGUGGAGACAAGCUCGCUGCCAGCAGAGGAGGAGUUCUGACAGGUCACAGACAAAAGCCACCAAGACUCUGGCUGUCAUCAUGGGGACAUUCCUUUCUUUCUGGACUCCUUUUUUUAUCUGUAAUGUUGUUGAUCCCUUCAUCGGAUACUCUAUUCCACCGCUGCUGUUUGAGACUCUGGUGUGGAUUGGCUACUUGAAUUCAACCGUGAACCCUCUGGUGUACGCUUUCUUCUACGGCUGGUUCAGAAAGGCGUUUCGAGCCAUCGUUUCAGGCAGCAUCUUUACAUCUGACAUUUCAGAGAUAAAACUGUUUACAGAAUAA